AUGGUGACUGCGACAACCCUCUCCCACACUCUCCGCCGGCGACUACACUCCCAUCGACAACAUAGUCGUCGAUUGCGGUUCCACAACCUCCGGCAGCAACAGAGCCGACGACCGGAGCUGGGACGGCGACAACCCUUCGAAAUUCCUCCAGCCCGGUUCGGAGUCGGCUUCUUCCACACCAACAGAGCAUUCCACAAGGCUCGAAAAAGUGCCUUACCUCUCUGCCCGAUGGUCUCGCUCCAACUUCACCUACUCUUUCCCAGUCAACCCCGGCCAGAAAUUCAUCCGCCUCUACUUCUUCCCGGCUACAUACUCUCCCGAUUUCAACAAAUCUGCCGCCUCCUUCUCCGUCAUCGCCGUAGAGGAAGAUGGGUCGCGGAGAUUUUGGCGUGGCGGCGAUGGGAAUUGGGACCUGGAAAAUGGGAUUUGUCUCUGGGAAGUGGGGGGGAGUCGACAGUCCUGGGGUAA